CCUUAAAAGGCGAUUAUAGUUUUCACCCGCUGCACCGGUCGCACCCCUAUUCGCACCAUCUGCAACCGUGCUUCCCUCUCUCCCGCUUGACUUCAAUUCUUGUCUCUCACAACGUCGCCAAUCACACAGAGAGAGAUGGCGGUGGCUUCUUUGGCGCGGUCAGCGAUUCUCGUCGCGACACUGUUGCUCUUCUCUUCGUAUGUUGUUGCACGCGCCAUGGCCUCACCGCGCACGCUCGGUGCACCACGGUUCGAAGUACAGAGACGGCACACACCCCAGCUCGAUGCUCGCGGCGACGGAGGCUGGAGCUUUGUCAAUUACACAGACGGUGCCGAGGAGGCCCUGAUCCCCGUCAGGAAUGGCGAUGGAGCCCUCUACCAUUGGCUCAAGGCGGACACCGACUUUUCCAAGCUGAAACGCAUCGUCUGGGUCUGUCACGGCAAGGGUAGGGACCCGUGGAACUACUACAACCACAUGCAUGCCGCGCUCGAUGCAGCGGUGCAGAGCAACCAGGGCGUAAACGAGGAUGAGGUGGGCAUCUGGUCCGUCUCGUUUUGGAACCAAAAGGACACGGGCGCCUUUCCCUGGGACGACAGCAAGCCUGACGGCCAAAAGGCCACGUCAAACAUUCUUGUCUGGGAGGAGAAUGGAUGGGAGGAUGGGCAGAAGAGCAUCUACCCAUCCAACGUCAGCGUCUCGUCGUUUGAGGUCCUGGACAAUGUCGUUGCCUACUUUGCCAACCGGACCCUCUUUCCAAAUGUCGACACCAUCGUCAUGGCCUCGCACUCAAUGGGUGCACAGAUGCUUCAGAGAUACGCCGUCCUGGGCAACAUUCCCGAGACGGAGCAGGAGCUGCACUUUUACGUCGGCAACCCGGGCGCAUACAUGUACCUUGACGAACGCCGUCCCACGACGGGAGGCGCCAAGCCGCCGUCUUCCUGCCAGGAUUACAACGACUACCACUACGGCAUCAACAACGUCGAUGCUAACCUUCCGUACGGCCAGCCGACGCCAAACGAGGACAUGCUCUGGGCGCGAUACCAGCAGCGUCGGGUCCACUAUGCACUGGGCAUGGCCGAUGACGGACCGGGCGACACUCACUGCCAGGCUCAAGUGCAAGGCGACUCACACCGAACGAGGGGUGCAAAUUUUGCCGGCUACCUCGAACAGCUUCCCGGCGGAUAUCCAAAGAACCACACACUCGAUUACGUGCCCAAUGUCACGCACGAUGACGCGGCCAUGUUUGCGAGCUCCGAGGGCAUCUUUAGACUCUUUGUCGAAAACGACGCACAAGGGCGGACGCGACCCUCUUCGCUACCAAACGGCCUCACAAACGGUGUCAAUCCCACAUUUACAGCGCCCGACCCCGCCAAUGCGGACCGAAUGCCGAGCGGCACAGCCUACCAGGACACGACCGUCAAGGUGCUGACCCAGCCGGCGAGCAAGGCCAGCAGCGGCAGCAACGGCAGCAGCGGCGGCGGCGGCGGCGGUUCUCCGUCGUCGCCUGCGUCCUCGUCUGGCUCGCCGAGAAACGCAGCGAGCAGCGCGGUGCUUGUUAAAGCGCCCGCCAUCCCCGUUUUGGUCUUCGUUGGCAGCGCCGUAGCGUGCGCAUUGGCAAGCAGCUCCUUGUACUCCAACUAGAUAGAGUGAUGCACCCUGGCAUCCCCACCCUCUCUUUCCGUAGACAUACCUUGUAACUCGUAACUGCAUUCUUUCUCGGUGACGUGCGCAGCA